UGUAUUGCACGAUGGAUGCUAGAAUCGUCUGUGUAUUGAUUGCGAUCAGUUUUACUUUAAACGAUGGGCAGUCGAACUCUUGCAUAGGUGGAAUAUGCCCAUCUGACCGUUUCUACUCCGACCAGUACGAUAUCUUCCUGGUCCCUGGCUUCAAAGACCCCAAGAACACCACGGCCAUCAACGUGUUGGUGGGCGUGGUCAGCAACUCCGAGUGCGCCAUGUUCUGCACACAGAACCUGAACUGCACCAACUUCAGGGUGUACACCACCACCAAAAAAUGCAUGCUCUACCCAAACGGCAGCUACCCCAUUGGGUACGAAUUUUUCUCCAAAACAAAAUUAAAUUAA